UUCACACUACAUAAAGCAGUUCGCGCACAAUGCAGUCCCUUUUAGGGGCGCUGAUCAACAAGUAGUUCGCACGUACACAUGUUCGUGUUCGCGAACGAGACAUUAUUCGCGUGAGUUUUUCGCGUCGAGGUUACGCUCGCAAAUAUGUGACUGUUACGACAAUUUUAGUGUUUCCAGUCUGUUUCUUGUUUUCGCGUAAUAACUUCAAAGCAGAAACGAUUUUCACAGUGAUAGACGAUAUUCUCGCGUUGUGUCGAAGCGAUUUAUCGUUGCUCCUCCUGCGAAUGAAAUGUUGCGAGUUAGUAUAAUAACUUAGAUCAUUUUUAGGGAAAGACUGUUUACAUAUAAAUAAAGUGGAUCGUUAAAUUGCCCUAAAAGAACAGCAUAAAUUUAAAGAUUUAAGUUAAUGGACUCAAUUGAUGCAUAUCAUUUGUUCGGACUUUUGAAGUUCAGUGUGAGACGUGAGAGAUUAUACGUGCUUCGAAACGUUUGUCGCGUUUCCGUUUCACAGUGAGCCAUUAUCGUGAACACAUCAGUAAAAUGUUCUGCUGUGAAAAAUUGCCAUGAGACAAAAAAAAAGAAGCCAACAUUGUGUGAAAAUGUGAUUCGACUCUACGACGGUGCGAAUUACGUUGAUUCGUUAGAAAGUUCGCGAAAUCAUUUUAAUCGCGAAAGCGAACGGAAACAAACGCGCUGGGAACGCAGUCGGUACCGAUAGCAAGGCUCUAUAAGGUGGCGGUGACGUCAAUGCACAUUUGCGCGCGAAUCUUCGCGUGGGCAUGGGAUCUUUUUGUCGGUAGCGCAGCGUACCCGAUGCAGCAAUCCGUGGGAAUAGAAGUGCGGGUGACCAACGAGAUAUCCGUGGUCUCGACGGAAACAAAUGCAGUCCGGGAUGCAGCACCACCUUGGACUACCAUAUCGGCUCCGAGUCGAACCACUCCGCCAACGCCCACUAAUCCACACCCACAAUACUUAUCGCCUUACGUCCUUCACGGGCGGAAUUCGCUUUGUUCUGCAAAUGAUUACACGCGGAGAAGGCGGCCUAUGACACUGCGCAUCGGUCCUCGUCUGAGUCUUCCGAGCAGAAGCACAUCCGCGCCCACCACAACUACAGACGGGGAAUGGCGUGCACUUAGAUACGAGUCACGCAAACUCUGGUACAACUGGUACAACUAUUGCCACGUGUCAGAAGUUCCUUUGCACUCGCAGUUAUUAAAAUCCGUGUAA